AUGAGCAACGUGGACGUCGCCGAACCUUUGGGUGAGCCCCGCGCUGAUGGCCUCGUACCCCGCCACGCCCGCGAUGCCGCCUUCACCGACGGUAAACUCACCUUCACCACUCAAAACGGUAGUGAGUCAGCUCGCCCAGAAGAGAUAAUCUUUGUCAUCCCCGCGGACAGCAAUGCGGCCUCGCGUCCCAUCAUCUGCGUCCUCAAAGAAGACCCCGAGGCCAAGGAAUCCCCUUAUCAGCUCGACAUUAUCCUGCUCGAGGAGGGCGACCUGCCUGCCGAACUCACUAGCGGCGACCUCCUGCUCCCACACUUCCCGGAGCAUCUCACGCCCAGACCGGAAACUCAUGACGUGCACUUUGUCGUCUCUACCAAGUCCGGGCUGGGUCACGCGCCAAAGUUUUGGGACGGCGUCGUUCAGCCUCUGGUUCUGCUCGCGGGGCAAAAGACGACAUCUGAGGAUCUCGCGUCCACUUUUGCUUCAGAGGAGUCAUUAGCCCAAGGCACAACUCGCCUACCACCCAGCUUCAAUGUCCUGAUAACAGAAGACGCCGACAGCGUCCGCAAAUUCGCACAGGAGAGGUGGACCGCCAGGCAAGCAGUCUCGAGCUCCGCCUCCUCACCCCGGACAGAAACCAUCGUUCUCCUAAGCGGCGACGGCGGCGUCGUCGACCUCCUAAACGGGUGCGAGGAACAGGAGAAGGAAACUUCAUCCUCCGUCGCCGGGACCCUGCCGACGCUUGUUCUUCUGCCCCUCGGCACGGGCAACGCUUGCUUCCACUCGCUCCACAAACCCCUCUACACCGAGACGGGGCCCUCACACAUGGUGCUCGGCCUCCGCACCCUCUUCUUCGGCACCUCGCGCCCGCUCCCCAGCUUCCGCGCCUCCUUCUCUCCCGGUGCCCGGCUCAUCUCCUACACGGCCGACCCGGGCCCCCACGCACCGCCGGCCGAGGGAGAGGAUGAUGAGACGACGCUCUCCCGCCACGACACGAGCGUUGACCACCUCUUUGGCGCCAUCGUCGCCAGCUACGGCUUCCACGCACAACUAGUGUGGGAGAGCGACACGCCCGAGUACCGCAAGCACGGUGACAAGCGCUUCGGCAUGGUGGCGCAGGAGCUGCUCAAGGAAAGCCACGCGUACAUCGCCACAGUCGAGUUGCGGGCCCCCGGAACCGUGGAACGGAGGCGUGUAGAGCGCGAGAGGUUCGGGUACGCUCUCGCAGCCAUGGUGUCGAACCUUGAAAAGACGUUCACGAUCGCGCCGGACAGCGCACCGUUGCAGGGCAGGCUGAAGCUGGUGCAUUUCGGGGCUGUGGGCGGGGAGAAGACGAUGAAGAUCAUGAUGGCUGCGUAUAAAGACGGGGCGCACGUCGGUAUGAAGUGGGCGGAUGCGGAGGGAAGGGAGGACUAUCUUGGGUACGAGGAUGCGGAGGAGAUCAGGGUGACGACUGGGGAGACGGAUCCGCGGUGGCGGAAGGUGUGUGUUGACGGGACGAUUGUUGAGAUUCCUGAGGGCGGGUGGAUGGCUGUUGAGACGCUGGAGAGGCCGCUUUUUGGGAUACUUGCUGAUCGGUCAGUGGUAUAG